CGAGCGUCGUGUCUGCCCCUCCAUGCGCAUUGGGCGUAGUGAAAUUGUUGGAGGUCGUGCACCAGAUCAUGUUUGCUACGAAUGUGCUCAAUGGUGUUUCUAGUGAAAAUUUGUUUGGUUUGUUUUGUGCCAAUGCUGACCAUCGUGUCCUGGCCUGAUGAGUGAUGAGCUGAGAGAUUAGCUUGCUGAAGGCACGUCAUUUGCCCAUUAGCCAUGUUCAUGUAACGAAACCCUCGCUGCUGCAGGUGGUGUGCGUGAAAUGCGUGUUGUGAGUUGUGUUUUGCUUGGUGGAGGGGCCUGUUGGCAACUCCGCCAGUGGCUAGUCAGACUUCUGAAAUUUGUUUACCCGGCCAGUCUUCCUUGAACUUAGUAGCAGUGAGUGGAGAGAUAAGCUAGCGGCCAUGAUGCUAGUAAUGGCAGGCAUCCAGCCUAGCGUAGGUAAUAGAAUAUGUCAUGCUACAUGGUAUGAUCUGCCGGCUAUAAUUCAACUGUCCCUGGUCCGGGGUGUUGUUGGUGAGUGGCGCAGGGAUGACAGCCCGAGUAACGUUCGAGUAUGCGGCGGGCAACGAUGACGAACUGACGCUGAACAUCGGUGACAUUAUCACUGAUAUUCGCGAGGACGAGGAAGGUUGGCUGGCGGGGACCCUAAACGGAAAGAGAGGUGUCUUUCCCGACAACUUCGUUAAAGUUGAGCCAGCAGCAGCAGCAGCGCCUGCCGUGCCAGCAGCUCCGUCAGUGGCAGCAGUCCCAGCAGCGGUAACACCUCAGUCUCUUACUGGCAGAACAAACAAGAAGCGGCGCUAUUGCAAGGUGACCUUCGGCUACGCAGCAGCCGCAGAUGACGAGCUUUCACUGAAUGUGGGCGAGAUAGUUGAGAUAGUGUGCGAUGACGAGGAAGGCUGGUACCGUGGACUAAAACCGGACGGCUCUAAAGGCGUCUUUCCAAACAACUUUGCACAGGAGAUUAGCGCCGAGGAGGCGACAGCAGGUAAAUCCGACAGUGCCGGUGCAGGCAACACCGGUGGAGCAAGAAUGGGACCGCCUGCAGCUGCUGCAACCGGUGCAGCAUUAAAGAAACCAAUGCACCCGCCGACACCAGCAGCUGACAGUAGCAAAUCCGUGAAGCGAGCAAAAGUCCUGCACUCCUACGAGCAACAAGCGGAUGAUGAGCUCACGUUGAAGGAGGGUGACAUCAUCGAAAUCCUGUCCACUGACAUCUCGGAGGGUUGGUGGGAAGGCAAGCUCGGCACCAAAGUUGGUGUUUUCCCGGAUAACUUCGUGGCGCUAAUUCCCAAUGCAGCGGAACCAUCUGAAUCGAAGCCACCACCUGCCAUGCCACCUGCCAAGCCUACGGGUCCACACCUGCCAGCACGGCCAAAGCCAGCGUCAAAAAGUGAAAAGCCACCGCCACCGGCAGCUGCAAAACCACCCGCUAAAGUUCCGAAGAAGCCAGUGAAGGAACCGACGAAGUCACCGGAGAUUCAGAGGUCGAAGAAAUCUCCCGAAGAGAAGCGCAGCAUAUUUCCGAAACGUCCAACGAUCACCAGACCUCGUGCAAACACGUUAGAAGGAAAGAAAAGCGCCGACGCGGCAGUAGAUGGCGACGGCCUUUCGCUAGAAGUGACCAGCAAGCCGCUGACGCACAUCACACAGAACCGAGCGGGGCGGCGACAUGGUCAGCGGCCACCGUCUCGCUUUACGAAUAGAGCUUCCAUGCCGCCAUCCAUGAUGGACCGACAUGAAGUAAUGGCUGGAGGUGUUCAAAAUGAGUCUGGUGGCCACCUCGAUGUGAGCACUCCUAGUCAGCCCGCGCACUUCAGAAGAACCUCGCCGUCAAAGAGUAAAUUGGCAACUGGUAGUGUGGAGCCUGCAAGGACUGCUCCUACUGGCACUGUUGUGUUAGGUGUUCUACAAGAUCUUCAGGCGGAGGUUGCACAACUGCAGAGCAGAAUGGCCGAGCUGGAAAGGAAGUGGCGCUCAGAGAUGAAGCGAUUAAACGCCGAGCUGCAGGACGAGCGCAGAGGGAGCAAGGCAAUGCGUGUCGAGCUAGAUCGAGUCCGCAAGGCACAGCCGCGGCUACGACUUACGUAGCUACCGACGGUGUCGUAUCCACUAUCACCGUUCUCGAUGGGACAGUGCAGCCAUCACCUGCAUGGCUGGGAUUUGGUAUUGUGAGAAGGGACUGUGGCAGUGGUUCAAAUGAUUGCUCCUGUGUAGGCCCGGUGUGAGCUUGCACAUUUCUUCCAGCUCGCAUACUCGCAUUUCUGUACGGAAUGGAGUUUCAGGCAUAGUUGAGCUGGACCUUGACUACUGCGAUAAUACUCAGUUGAAAUAGCCGUGUCCCUGACUACCCUUCGACUAGUAUUUGAGCCGCAAAUCAUGUGACCAGCUUUCCAAUAGUGAGUUUCACGCUCUUGUGGUGUGCAUGAAAGUAUUCAGUCUUUGGACAGUAACGUUAUUGCCCAGCCUGGUGUUGAGCAGCGACUUGUGACAGUGUUGACAUGACUGUAUGUUGCUUCCCAAGCGGCAUGCAGGCUCCUAGGCUCCAGUACCCGAUUCAGAAAAUGGGCCUACAGCAGCAGCAGCAGCAGCAUUGCUCUGCGAGAAUUCCCUUUGCUUCAGGUUGUGACUCAGUCUUGCUGGUUAUGCCAGUGUGUGUUGAUUUUUUUUAAUUUCAAUUAUCCCCCGUCACAUGCACACUCAGUGCAAUUGCAAUUCACCGGCGGCAUUUCGGUGCUUGUGACAGCCGGUUUUUCUUGCCUUUUCAGCUGCAAUUUCUUGAUUUUCUAUCGAUCACCGCUCUGCUAUGGUUUGAACUUUCUUUGGCUGGAAUUAUCAUUUUGACAGUUGCAUUGCAGUGGCACAUCAAUUUCGGUUUCUAUUUCUGCCGAGUCGACUUCUGAGUAUCUUCAAGUUGUUGUUUGACUUCUCGAACAACUGCCGCAUGAUUAUCGUGCUCACAAGCUUGAAUGAAGUUGCACGGCGAUCUUCAA